GCGGCAGCCAGUGCAAUGGGAGGGCCUGGCACAGGGUGCAAGGGCUGGAGGAGGGUCUGACAGAGGGAGGGAGGCAAGCACUCAGGUCUCACUCUGCAGGAGGUGACACAGGAUCUGCACUAGGAAGCGAUCCCCACUCAUGGGAUAGUCAAGAUUCCUUUGGGAUCAAGUUUAAUCUUCUGAGGAGCCGAACUGCAGCCUGCCCUGGGACCUAUGCUGCAGCUGGGGGCAAAGGCAGGACCCUCAGAGAGAAAGAGAGAGCUCACUGACCCAGGAUUCUGAUCAGCACCAGGGACAGAACCAGCAGAACACGACUGGGAUGGCUGCAGGGAUGAGGCUGGGUCCAGCUGGGCUCUGCCUGCUCCUGGCACUGUGCCUGGCAUGCUCGGGCUUCAAUGUGGACACCCAGUUCCCGGUGAUAAAGCAGGCGGGUGUCCCCGGAGGGUUCUUCGGCUUCUCGGUGGCAUUUCACAGGCAGAGUGAGGGGCAGCAGCGCUACCUACUGCUGUCAGGAGCUCCCCAAGACGCAGCGCCCCCCAACGUGAACGUGAACAGAACAGGAGCCGUCUACGCGUGUCCCAUCACAAUCUCCAAAUCUGACUGUUUCAGAGUCUUAGUGGAUCAGGAAAAUCUGCCUGGCACCAAUGCAAUUGAGGACAUGUGGCUGGGAGUUACACUGGCAUCACAGGGUCCUGGAGGCCGCGUCCUGAUGUGUGCCCAUCGGUACUCUGUAGUCUUGAAGUCUGGAGAACAACUGAAGAUGAUAGGCAAGUGCUACGUACGGGGAAAUGACUUGGGAUACAGUGAUAUCGAUGACUGGCAGACCUAUCAUUAUGAGAUGUGUGACGCUAGCAGUGACCACCAGAAUACUGGCAUGUGCCAAAUGGGCAUCAGUGGAGGCAUCACUGAAAACAUGUUGUACUUUGGAGCUCCAGGUGCCUACAACUGGCAAGGUACAGACUAUGUUCUACAGAGAGAUAACUGGGAUUUAAUGGAAACCUCGUUCCCGAAGGAGGGUCUAUCUAACAUCUACUUGGGGUACUCUGUACAGGUUGGCAAGAACAUAUUAGCGAAAGAUAAACUCACUGUUGUCUCCGGAGCUCCUCGUUGGAACCAUAAGGGCGCUGUGUAUCUGAUGGAAAUGGAGGAGAAAGCCUUAAAACUGAAACAGGUGCUGAGUGGGGACCAGGUGGGGUCCUACUUUGGAAACAUCAUUGCCCUGGCUGAUUUUAACAAUGAUGGUUGGCAAGACAUAGCAGUUGGUGCUCCCUAUUAUUUUGACCAGAGGAAGGAAGUUGGUGGAGCAGUUUACAUUUACACCAAUGAAGUUGGAAGUUUCACUGAUAAGCCGUCUUUAGUGUUGCAAGGUCCUACAGACUCUGGUUUUGGUUUUGCUGUGGCAAAUAUUGGUGAUAUUAACCAGGAUGGUUUUGUAGACUUGGCUGUAGGGGCCCCUUUUGAAGAAACGGGCAAACUGUAUAUCUACAUCAGCAAUUCUAAUGGUGUUCGAUCCAAACCCAGCCAGAUAAUCGAUGGAUCUCAGGUUGGCGGGAUACAAAUGUUUGGAUAUUCUCUGAAUGGGGGGAUGGAUGUUGAUGGAAAUUCCUACCCAGAUCUGCUUGUGGGCAGUUUAUCUGAUCAAAUGGCACUGCUCAGAUCUCGACCUGUUAUCAAUAUCUCAAAAGAGUUCUCUGUAACACCAACACUUGUGGACCCCAAUAAAUGUACUUCUUCAACAUGUAUGGAUGUCCGCCUCUGCUUCUCGUACAUGCUAAGUACGGGUGACUCCAGUAACAAACAGAACAUUACUCUCCAGUACACGGUGGAAGCUGACUUUGAUCGGCGCCCUUCUCGAGUGAAAUUCUUAGGCACUGCAGGAGGUGUUUACAAAGGAUUUUUCUCAAUGCCAGAUACAAAAUGCCAAAAUCUAAAGCUUCUGUUACUGGAAAAUUUCCGAGAUAAGCUCCACCCAAUACAAAUUUCACUGAAGUACAACAUUCUGGAGCGUGAGCAGAAAAAUGUCAGGAGGGUUGUUAACCUGGACAACUUCCCUGUCCUUAACCAAGAUCAGAGCACAGAGCAAAUGCUGGAGGUCCACUUUAAGAAAGAGUGUGGAGCAGAUAAUGUGUGUAGGAGCAACUUACAGAUGCAGUAUGAAUACCUGAAUGAAAACUUAGAGCCAUUUCCAAGGGUAAAUGGAACUCAGGUUCUCUAUUAUAACUUAAAUGUCAAGAGGUUGCACCUUCGAAUAGUUGUGACCAAUUUCCCUACUGCAACCUCCUCAGCAGACGAUGCACAUGAAGCUAUGUUAAAUGUCACAUUUCCAGAUGAACUUGUCUUCUCCGCAGCGCGACCAGUUGGUUCCUGUGUCUUUGAUGGUACUGUCUUGUGUCAGCUGGGAAACCCCUUCCGGAGGAACCAAAGGGCUGAGAUUGACAUCACAUUGCAAACAACUGGAAUUGUCUUGAAGACCAGAGAGGUGACCACUGCACUCCAGCUGUCCACACUGAGUAAACAGACCGGUCUGGAGGAGGAAUCUGCCGAUUUCUUGGUGGACUACACAUUAAAGACCUCAUUAUCUGUAAUGCCCCAGAGCGUACAGACCUAUUUCAGUGGUCAAGUGAAGGGGGAAUCAGCAAUGAAGAGAGUGCAAGAUGUGGGAAGCCCCGUGGAGUUCAUAUUUAAGGUUAAAAAUGAGGGUGAACCCCUCAACGAUCUGGUAUCCCUGAUCCUAGCUGUGGAGUGGCCCUAUGAAGUCACCAAUGGGAAGUGGCUUUUAUACCUUACAGAAGUGCUGGUGGAGACAACAAACGUGACACAGUGCCAGCCUGCCGAAGACAUCAUUAACCCUUUAAACCUCACUCUCAGUGGAGGUAGAAGAAAGAAGAGAGAUACUAUAAAGUUGGAUUUGCCAGAUGUAAAAGUUUUGCAAGCCGUCAAAAGACCAAAUACUCUACUGAGGUGUGCGGGUGGAGGAGCCAACUGUGUACGUUUUGAAUGCCCAUUGAAUGACUUGCAAACGACUGCCAAUAUUACUGUGCGUGCAAGAGUCUGGAACAGCACUUUCUUAGAGGAUUAUAGAUAUGCCGACAGAGUUUGGGUGGAGGGAUCAGCAGGACUUUAUCUGAAAACCGAUAUUGACUCCAUAAAAAUGCCAAGCCACCAUGUAUUGUUUGCAGUCACAAUAGACUCAGAACUGGUAGAACCACCUCCGGCUGAACUUCCGCUCUGGGUGAUAAUUGUUGCAGUGCUAUCUGGAAUUUUACUACUAGGACUUAUCAUUCUGCUCCUCUGGAAGUGUGGAUUCUUCCGGAGGGCCAACACCCGCGCCAAGUAUGAGGUCAGAGGUCAGAAGGCUGAAAUGAAGGUGCAACCAUCGGAGACUGAGAGAUUAACACAGGAUUCCUGAGUACGACCUCUGACCACUGACCCCCAACCCUGCCCCUCGGGUUGGAUUUUUCCAUCGUGUCAGACAUUACAGCCUGGCCCAAACUCACUAUGCUGUGUGUGUCCGUCAAGAUGAAAGACAGAAGCUGUGCGGCAGGCUACCAGACAGCCAGAGACACUGGGUCACCACCUGGAAAGAAACGGCCAGAUACUACUGAGAGCAUUCUAUUGCCAAGACUCAUCGGGAGCUGGACUAUCUCCUUUUUUUACAUUGGCUUCUUAUUGACAAUGGGGACAUUUGAAAAGGGUUCGGGGGACAGCUGUAGAUUAUUUUAUGAUUGACUUUAUAUAGGAAUUUUAUUAUUUUACUAUGCUGGAAUAGAAAAACACCAAAUUAUCCUGUAGCACUCGAAUAUGGGCAGCGCAUUUCCAUUUGACUUUGGUGCCAUGAAAUAAGGGGAGGAGGGUAUGACCUAACACUGGAAUAAAGAGACAGAGUUUCCUGUAACACUGGAAUUAUGGAGACACUGGAGAAACAUAAAUUAUCCAGCAGAACAUGGGUACGGAGACCUGGACUCAUUCUAUGCUUUUUGUGACUUUGGUUAAAAGACACUGGAAAAACUCCUUUAUAAAUACAUUUUUAUUGUAUAUCAGAGCAUGAACGUCCAGAUCUGGAGGAAGCACUGGAAACAUUUGGAUGACACUGGAUGAACCAAUUCCCUCACAGAGAUGACUUCUCAUAUGUAUUGCACAUAAUACGCCUGUAUUUUAUACAGUGAGCCAUAUUUACGAGUAUAGAUAUGGUGGACAUAUAUGGACUAUAUGUAACUCGGACAG